AUGAAGAACAGAGAGAAGGCUCUAAGUUAUAUAGACUCUGGAAUUGAAGGGAUGGAAGAGGAAAUCAGCAGUUUUAUGGAUGAAUCGAUGACAAGCAACCCUUCUCAAGAAAGAGAUAUGAGAGGUAUGAUAGGAGAUUUCGAGUACAUAGAGAACAAAUGGAUAGGAAACUAUAGGUUUGUGAGACAAUUGGGUAUUGGAAGUAGUAGUAAGGUUGUGCUUGGAUGUGAUGUGCAUAGUGGAGAAAAGGUGGCAAUAAAGGUAAUUCCCAGGAGGAUGAACGGUGAUGAGACAAGUGGGGUUGAGAUGAGAUGCGACCAAAGGAUAUUCAGAGAGGUGAUUAUAUCAUCUGUAGUAAACCAUCCACAUAUUGUCCGUCUGAAGAACUUUCUAUACAGCCCUACACACUAUUUCUUGAUAUUUGAGUAUGUGAAGGGGAAACAGUUGUAUGAUAUUAUCAUUAGCAACGGACCGCUGAAGGAAAAGGAGGGGCAACGAUACUUCAGACAGAUACUCUCUGCGAUUGAUUACAUCCAUAGGAAUUCGAUUGUGCAUAGAGACCUGAAGAUAGAAAACAUAUUGAUUGACGAGAACGAUAAUGUCAAACUGAUCGACUUCGGGCUGUCAAACUUUUACGAUAAUAAGACCCUGCUGAAUACAUUCUGCGGAAGCCUUUAUUUUGCAGCACCGGAGCUGCUUCAGGGCCAAAGGUAUUGUGGGCCCGAGAUAGAUGUAUGGAGUCUGGGUGUUGUUUUAUAUGCCAUUUUGUGUGGGUGUGUUCCGUUUGAUGAUGAGAAUGUGCAGGGACUUCAGGCAAAGAUAAAGGAUGCAGACUUCAAGUUCUGUAAGACGAUUUCAAAGGAGGCACAAGAGCUAAUAAGAGGGAUGAUUGUUGCACAGCCAUCCUCCAGGAUGGGGCUUGACCAGGUGAUUGGAAGUGAAUGGGUCAAUAGAGGGCAGAAAAGUAGGGUUAACAGCUAUGUAGCAAAGAGAUAUCCAAUAAUGAAUAUUAACGAGAAGUAUAUAAAGUCUAUAUCAAGGGCAGUUAGAUUCCAGUUCCCAAACAUGGAGAGGGAGAUAAGAAGAUUUCAUAAGAUAUGCAAGGAGGAGAUAGGCACUUUGGAGCAGAUUUACUGGUCGAGAAGGCCUGUAGUAUCUCUCUAUUACCUUGUUUCUGAAAAUCUUGGGGAUGAUGGUGAGAAUGCAGCUUCUGAGGAAGAGGAUGAAAUAGAGCCGUCCCAUGAGCUUCCGGAGGCGAUAUAUGACUUUGUAAGGUUUAUAUCUUUGAAGGAGAAAGAUAAGGCACCAAGACACGUUAAGAAGGAAAUAUUCCUGACUUCUACAAGCCAAGACUCUCUUUGCAGCCUGAAAGGAAGGGAUGGGGGGCUUCCGCGAGUCAGGCAGACAUAUCUAAAGGGGUUUUUCAAAGGAAUAAGGGUAAAACACAUCGGGAGCCAUAAUGCGCUUAAAAAGAUACUCCUUGAUAUAUUCAACUCAAAUAAUAUUAUCUACGAGAUCACAGAGAAGAGCUACCUCUGUUCUGCAUACUAUGAGGACAUAGAAUGUCUCUUCAAGGUGUCUAUGUAUUUCAAUGUUCUUCUCAAUGAAUACUACCUGACUGUAACGCCUCUGAACAACGAGAAGAAGCUUUUCAGGAGUGUGUAUGAGUGGAUCUCUUGCGGGCUAAGAAACAGAUCAUGA